CAUCCACUGUCUUCCAAUCUAUUUUAGAUAUUUUCUAUUAUCAUUCCCUUGCCAUUCUAUGGGUGGGUAUUUCACGCUCAGGGUGAUGUGAAGCGAUGGUGUGGUAGCCUAGGUAGUGUUAAGGGCCGUACUAUAAAAAAAACAAGUCAGGCAAUGCCCGACUCUUCGCCAGGCGUUCCCGUAGUCGGUACCAUGAGACCCUGUCUUCCCUUCGCCUGGCAUUGCCGGCCGCUAUAGGGUCGAAUUUUCGUACCACAAAACACCACUUUCAGCUUCGCCAGGCGUUCUCGGUAGAAAAGUAUUUGAAUAUCGCCCGACUAUGAAAGCCAGCUAUACCCCUCUCUCAUCGCCACUCACAGGCGCAGUUGUGGAAAGCAUCGAGAACGUAGCUGUCAUCCCCAAAAUAAACACAUAUAUCAGAGGUUUUGCUGGUCCAGGUCCAGUUUCAUGCAGCCGCCUUCUAGAUGAAAAUAAUAUUUGCAAACGAUAGAGCGAGUGAUUCUAAGAAACUUAUCUUCUGUGAACUUCAACCGCAACUCAAACAUUACAAAAAAUGGCUGCAGCAUUUGAUGAAUUAGAGUGUCUUGAAGCCCUUGAAGACCUAGAUGCUGCAGACCAACAGGAUAUUCCCAGAAGAUGCAUCACUGACAGGAUGAAUCUUUUCCAUUCUCUGCAUGAUGAGGAGUUCAUCAAAAGAUUCCGCUUAUCAAAAACAACAGCACUCAAUUUACUAGACAAGCUACAGAUUCAAGGAACUCGAGAUGGGAGAGGAUCACCAGUACCACCCCACCUACAACUGUUAAUUACAUUGCGAUGGAUGGCCACUGGUAGCUUCCAGUUAACUAUUGCUGACUCUUUUGACGUUUCACAACAACUUGUGAGCAAGUGCACAGCCAAAAUAGUCCGAGCCAUUGCAUCUCUGCUACAAGAUUAUGUGAAACGACCAUCGAGAGAACAUUUUUCUAACAUCAGGAAUAAUUAUUUUGAAAUGUCUGGUUUUCCUGGGGUAUUGGGUGCAGUUGACUGCACACAUGUACCUAUUCAGAGUCCUGGAGGUGCUAGAGCAGAAAAGUUCAGGUGUAGAAAGGGAUUUUUUUCUUUGAAUGUUCAGGCAGCUUGUGGACCAAAUUUAGAAUUUUUUGACUUUGUGUGCCGUUGGCCUGGCUCUGUUCAUGACAGCCGAAUAUUUAAUAAUAGCAGAUUAUUUUUUGAUCUUCAACAUGAUCUGCUUGAAGGGCAUCACUUAUUAGGUGACCCAGCCUAUCCACUGCUACCAUUCCUCCUCACCCCAGUGGCAAAUCCUGUUGGCCAAAGAGAAGUCAGAUACAAUAUAUCACAUUCCAAAGCACGAAAUACCAUUGAAAGAGCAUUUGGUGUUCUGAAAAUGAGAUUCCGGUGCCUCACCAUUCCAUUGAAAAUUAAUUUAACAACAGUCAUGGCGACUAUUUGCAGUGCAGCUGUCUUGCAUAAUAUGGCUGUUAAGUAUAAAGAAGAUCUGUACAUGUGUAAUGAUGAUGGAGCGGAAGAAAGUGUAAAUAUUGAAGAAAAUAUAGAACACUUUGUAAAUGCUGCCGGUCGACAGAAGAGAAAUAAUAUCAUUAAUGAAUAUUUUUCUUAAAUGUUUCAUGCCAAAAUGCCAUUUUUGCUUGAUAUUUUUCUGUUUCGCUUAAAUUAAGCAUAUGAGGUUAUGAUUUUGAUUGUACACUAUAGCAAUCCUCAGGAUUUGACAAUUAUGAUUUAUUUUGACUAUAUUAUAAUGUUCCUCAUGAUAUGAAAAUGAGGGGUUUAUUUUGAUUGUCUAUCAUACUAUUCCUCAUGUUAUGAGUUAUGAUUUGUUCUGAUUGUACAUUUUACUAUUCCUCGUGAUAUGAAAAUUAUGUUUUAUUUUGAGUGUUCAUUAUACUAUUCCUCUUGAUAAUGUCCAUGUCUUUGAAAUGCAUAAUUCAUUGUAUCUUGAAUAUAAUGGAUAAUAAAAACAUGAAAAUU